AUGGUUGAAGAACAAAUUUUUGGUCACUGUCUUCAUCACUGGACUGGCCUUGCAGUUCAGACAAAUUUCUAUCAAUAUCAUGUGAUCUAUCAUGUUCCUUCCUUAGUUCGUCUGUUGACACUGAAAAAUUAUCCAAAAAUUGAGAUCAUGGGACCUACUGGUAGAAACAGCCUCCCCUCAACAAGCAACAAAGCUUUUGGCAAUGAAGACUCUUGGAGAUAUGGGAGUUUCAGUCACACCACACCACACAGAAGUUUAAACUCAUCACGUGGUGUGAUAUCUGAAGAUGAUUCAGAUAUUCAGAUCAAGGUGUUGCUGCUGUCCAACGCAUCUCCAUUCAUCGCAUCACCAACUAAACAUCUAAUUCUCGUGUUUGAGAAGCUGACAUUGCCAUCCUUAAUUACAGGAUACCUGUGCUGCCCAGUUUGUCCAUAUAUUCCAAAUCUGCUGCAUUGCUUUAAAUGCCAGCAGUUUGGACAUUCCCAGACCUCCUGCUGA